AUGAUGAUCGCUUUAAAACAAACAUCAGAUGGUCUACGAGAUUCAGCUGUUCACAUGUGUAUCAUUGAUCGUUUGACUGAUGCCUUGGCAUCAAUAUCAUUAGCUAUUGAUUUAUAUCCAAUCGAAGCUGAAUAUCAUCUUCAAAAAAGUAUUAUUUAUCGUAACAUGAAAAAAUUUGAAUUAGCUAGUGAUGAAUGUCUUCUGGUAUUCGAUAAAUUAAAUCAUAAUGAACAACAUCGUCUAUAUCAACAAGCUCAAAAACAACUUGUUUUUAUUUACAAUGCUACUGCAAUUAAAUGUUUAGAAAAAGGUUUAUAUGAUGAAGCAAUCGAAUUGUUGAAUCGAGCAAUUAAAGAUGAAAAAUCAACAUACGAAUUAUAUAUGAAUCGAGGAGAUUGUUUCCUAGCCAAAGCACAGACGACAUUUGCAAUUCAAGAUUAUGAGCAAGCAUUAGAAAUUAUGCCUACGAAUGAAGUGAAAUUACGUAUGUCUCAUAUGUUUUUUAUGAAUGCUGAACGGGAAUACAAAGAAAAACAUUAUUCAGAAUCCUGUGUUCAAUUAACAAAAGCGAUUGAUAUUAAUCCAUCCGUGGCUAAAUAUUAUGUAUCACGCUCUAGAGUAAAAUAUUUAAUGGAUGAUAUACUUGGUGCACAAGAAGAUAUAAUUGCUGCUAUUUUAAUUAAUCCAUUAGAAAAUGAAUGUAUUCACGUUCUACCGAGAUUAUUUACAGAUACAACUUUAGCUCAAAUAAUGAGUUCAACAUUAACAAAGAACAUUAAAGAAAAAUUAUUAGAAAAAAAUGUCAAAUUGGCCAUACGUUAA